GAGACGCAGGUCAGAAUGGAGAUGGGCUGCAGACCGGGCAGCUAUUGUCAGCCGCUGGAACUGGCUUCAGGCUCAUGUUUCUGACUUGGAAUAUCGAAUUCGUCAGCAAACAGACAUUUACAAACAGAUACGUGCUAAUAAGGGGUUGAUAGUUCUUGGGGAGGUACCUCCCCCAGAGCAUACAACAGACUUAUUUCUUCCACUUAGUUCUGAGGUGAAGACAGAUCAUGGGACUGAUAAAUUGAUUGAGUCUUUUUCUCAGCCAUUGGAAAACCAUGGUCCCCCUAUUAUUGGUCAUGUUUCAGAGUCACUGUCUACCAAGUCAUGUGGAGCACUCAGACCUGUCAAUGGAGUUAUUAACACUCUUCAGCCUGUCUUGGCAGACCAUAUUCCAGGUGACAGCUCUGAUGCUGAGGAACAAUUACAUAAAAAGCAACGACUGAAUCUAGUCUCUUCAUCAUCUGAUGGCACCUGUGUGGCAGCCCGGACACGUCCUGUACUGAGCUGUAAGAAACGGAGGCUUGUUCGACCCAACAGCAUUGUUCCUCUUUCCAAGAAGGUUCACCGGAACAGCACAAUCCGCCCUGGCUGUGAUGUGAAUCCCUCCUGUGCAUUGUGUGGUUCAGGCAGCAUCAACACUAUGCCUCCCGAAAUUCACUAUGAAGCCCCUCUGUUGGAACGUCUUUCCCAGUUGGACUCUUGUGUUCACCCUGUUCUAGCAUUUCCAGAUGAUGUUCCCACAAGCCUGCAUUUUCAGAGCAUGCUGAAAUCUCAGUGGCAGAACAAGCCUUUUGACAAAAUCAAACCUCCCAAAAAGUUAUCGCUUAAGCACAGAGCACCCAUGCCGGGCAGUCUGCCAGAUCCAGCUCGUAAGGACAGGCACAAAUUGGUCAGCUCCUUCCUAACAACAGCCAAGCUGUCCCAUCACCAAACCCGGCCUGACAGGACCCACAGGCAGCACUUAGACGAUGUGGGGGCCGUGCCCAUGGUGGAGCGAGUGACAGCGCCAAAAGCAGAGCGCUUGCUCAACCCACCGCCACCCGUGCAUGACCCAAACCACAGCAAAAUGAGAUUGCGAGACCAUUCAUCUGAGAGAAGUGAAGUGUUGAAGCAUCACACAGACAUGAGCAGUUCGAGCUACUUGGCAGCCACCCACCAUCCUCCACACAGUCCCUUGGUGCGACAGCUCUCCACCUCCUCAGACUCCCCUGCACCCGCCAGCUCUAACUCACAGGUUACAGCCAGCACAUCGCAGCAGCCAGUUAGGAGGAGAAGGGGAGAGAGCUCAUUUGAUAUUAACAACAUUGUCAUCCCAAUGUCUGUUGCUGCAACAACUCGCGUAGAGAAACUGCAAUACAAGGAAAUCCUUACUCCCAGCUGGCGGGAGGUUGAUCUUCAGUCUCUGAAGGGGAGUCCUGAUGAGGAGAAUGAGGAGAUUGAAGACCUAUCUGACGCAGCUUUCGCCGCCCUGCAUGCCAAAUGUGAGGAGAUGGAGAGGGCACGGUGGCUGUGGACCACGAGUGUGCCACCCCAGCGGCGGGGCAGCAGGUCCUACAGGUCAUCAGACGGCCGGACAACCCCUCAGCUGGGCAGUGCCAACCCCUCCACCCCCCAGCCUGCCUCCCCUGAUGUCAGCAGUAGCCACUCUUUGUCAGAAUACUCUCAUGGUCAGUCCCCUAGGAGCCCCAUUAGCCCGGAAGUGCACUCAGCGCCCCUCACCCCUGUGGCUCGGGACACUCCGCGACACUUAGCCAGUGAGGAUACCCGUUGUUCCACGCCAGAGCUGGGUCUGGAUGAACAGUCUGUCCAGCCCUGGGAGCGGCGGACCUUCCCCCUGGCGCACAGUCCCCAGGCGGAGUGUGAGGACCAGCUGGAUGCACAGGAGCGAGCAGCCCGCUGCACUCGACGCACCUCAGGCAGCAAGACUGGCCGGGAGACAGAGGCGGCACCCACCUCGCCUCCCACUGUCCCCCUCAAGAGUCGGCAUCUGGUGGCAGCAGCCACAGCUCAGCGCCCAACUCACAGAUGAGCGGGAGACAAGAAUCUAAACAGACUCACUAACUAUUGGCAUUAAAGCUUCAGAAAUCUCUGCGUUUGAUAUUCAAACAUCAUAUGCCGGAAAUUUUCACAGUUUUUAGUGAACUUAAGGAAUUUAGAUCCUACUUUGGUAUUUUUUUCUCUCGUUUUAAUUUUUGUUUUUUGUUUCCAUGUUUUCUUGUCACACACCUGAGCACUUCCUCCCAUUGGCAAACAGAAGUUCAGGAUGAGACCCUGCUGGCCUGGUCCUGGCACAUCCUCUGCACUGUUGAAUCACUGGACUUACCAAUCUUAGAUGACCACCCCCUCCCUCACACCUGUGGGCAGGGCAGAACAGCCUGGCGGGCAGAGGGCUCCAGUUGAGCAUGGCCUUCUCGGGCUAGGGUGGAAUGGGGCAGGGUGCUCUGGGCUCUUACCCCUUCCCCUCCCAUCUGUGGCUGGGCUCAGCUGUGGCCCUCCUGGCUGGGUCCCCCCUUGGUUUUUCGUGCUGGAACAUCCCCACCAGAGCCUCUCUGCCGUAACUGCCAGCUGCUCUCACCAAGUGCUCAGCCGGCAGAACAGCUUUCCCUUCUCACCCAGAACUUAGAGACCUAUUUUUUGUUUCAUCUGCAUUUGGUCUUCUCUGUUUUGACUCUUUAACUGCAGUAACCUGACUGUGGCUGCUCAGGUUCCCCUCAUCAUGCCCCUUGGUACCCUUCCCUGUCCGUUCUCCAAUGCCACAUACACACCCACAACCCGUCCUUCCACUCGGAAUGUUUUUUUACCACCUAUCCUGAUCUCUGAAGGUAGGGUUAGGACUACUUAACCUCUGUUCCCACUCCCCUGCAAACGGGGGGUUGUGGGAAGUGAGCAGCCAUCUCCCUGUGUGAUUUUUUUUUUUUUUUUCCUCUGAUUCACUUUGCCAUGUUUCCUUCACAUCCAGAUCCCUGUCGGUGUUAGUUCCACUCUUGGUCUUUCACGCUCCCCUUGCCUGUGGAACAUUGUCUGGUCCUAGCUGUGGUUCCCACUGUUCCCCCUUCACCCUUCUCUGUUAACCUUGUGCCUGUCUCCUGUAUGAUCACAUCACCAAAAAGGGGGAGGGGGGAGAAGACUUUUUUUUUUGGCCAUUUUGUAAUCGUAUAAAAAUAGUAGACAACUGCUUAAUGGUUGGGGUUUUUUCACAAUUUUCAACAUUAGUGAUUUUUUUUUUCUGUUUGCAAGUUAAAGGGUUUGUCAUUGUUUCUUUAAAGAAAAAAUACAAUAAUGCACCAUAUCCCUAUGCAUAAAGUGCUUCUUCUAUUUAUAAGGUUGAAAAUUCUGAAUAACCCUUUUAGCAUUGAAAAAAAAAACAAAAACAAAAAAUGAAAAAAAAAAAAAAACUUGUAUUUUGUAAAUAUUUUCUUUUCCUGCUUUGGAGCUGUGUAAUGGCAGCGAAACAUGUAGCUGUCUUUGUUCUAUAGAAAUGCUUUUCUUCAGAGAAGCUGAUCUUUGUUAAUGUCUUGAUUCUGUUCGCAAAGCACAGACUAGUGCUUAAAAAAAAAAGAAGGAAAAAUUGAAAAAAAUAAAAAAAAAAAAGUUACAGAA